UCUUGCCCAAAUUAAACCGCCAAAAAACUCUAUGCUAAAACCCUAAAAAACUACCCUUCCCACUUUGACGAGCAAGACAACCGGUUAGUACUUGCCCGGCGACGAAGAAGCAGCUAAUCCGAACUUCAAAAUGGUGUCAUACUUGCCCAGUGGAUGAUCUAGGGCGAAGACACAAGCGAGCUAUUGAGAUUGGUGCUACCUGGUCCCUUGACAAUGGCGGGGAUUUUGAAACUACCGGGAGCUAUUUCCGUAACGCCACACAAAGUCUCCGUCUGCAUUCUACUUCAGAUAUACGCGCCACCCGCUCAGAUCUCUGUGCCAUUUCCUUUCUCUUCAGUUUCUCAGCACAAUCGCCUUGGCUUGUUCUUGUUGGCUAUUACCAAGUCAUGUGAUGAUAUUUUCGAGCCAAAACUAGAAGAACUCAUAAAUCAAUUAAGGGAAAUUGGAGGCUUAUUAAAUCAUUGGAUAACUGAUCAUUUAACAAGUAGGCUUUCAUCUCUAUCCUCACCUGAUGAUUUGUUUAACUUCUUCAGUGAUAUGCGAGGAAUCCUUGGGGGUCCUGAGGCUGGUGUUGUUGAAGAUGAUCAGGUUAUUUUGGACCCAAAUAGCAAUCUGGGGAUGUUUCUACGCCGUUGUUUACUUGCUUUUAAUCUUUUGUCAUUUGAGGGUGUGUGUCACCUUUUGACAAAUAUAGGAAUCUAUUGUAAAGAAGCCCUCUCAAGUUGUCCUCCUUAUGAUCAACCUCAUUUAGACGAUUCUAGUAAUGAUUUGGAAUAUGAGAACAUGGACCUGGAGAAUUUAGUGUAUGAGAAGGUUGAUGAAGAGAUUGAAGCAAGAGAAAGGGCUAGUGAAGGAGUUUCUUUUCAUCUCCAUGUGCCAAAAGCACUUUUUGAUCUGGUUGAAGAUAUUGCGGUUCCUGCUGACCCAAGGUCGAGACACAGUGACAAGGAUAGAGAAGUUGGUCAGUAUGUGCAUCCUCCAACGAACACAUUACGAGACAUUGAUGGCAAGGCUGGUUUGUUUCUACGGACAAACUGGCAGAUACAAGGGUUUCUACAAGAACAAGCUGAUGCUAUUGAAAGGCAUGGAGGCUCUUUCUCUUUGAAUGCUUUUGAACUUGUCCUGCGGCAACUUCAAAAAUCAGCACCUAAGCUACAUCGUGUUCAUUUCUUGCGAUACUUGAAUAGCCUUUAUCAUGACGACUAUUUUGCUGCAUUGGAGAAUCUUCAUUGCUAUUUUGAUUACAGUGCAGGGAUUGAAGGAUUGGAUUAUGUCCCUCCUGCUUCCGGUUGCUAUAGUUUAGGAAGAUAUGAAGUUGCUUUGUUGUGUUUGGGAAUGAUGCAUUUUCAUUACGGGCACCCAAAGCAAGCUUUGGAGGUACUCACUGAGGCAGUUCAUAUUUCUCAACAGCAAAGUAAUGAUGUUUGUCUGGCAUACACUCUAGCUGCUAUCUGCAACUUGUUGUCAGAAACUGGUAUCUCAAGUACAACUGGGAUAUUGGGAUCAUCAUACUCACCUUUGACCAGCAUAGGCAUUUCACUUUCUGUCCAGCAACAGUUGUUUGUACUCUUGAGAGGCUCUUUAAAGAGAGCAGAAAAUUUGAAGUUAAAACGUUUAGUGGCUUCCAAUCAUCUAGCCAUGGCUAGAUUCGACUUGACGCAUGUGCAAAGACCUCUGUUAUCGUUUGGUCCUAAAGCUUCCCUGAAGCUUAGAACAUCACCAAUUAAUGUUUGCAAGGAACUAAGGUCAAGUUCUCAACUGAUUACGGAGUUUGCUUCUGAAAAUACAACACUGACAACUGAUGGUCAUUUUAGUACUGCAUGGCUUAAGAAUUUACAAAAACCUAUGGGUUCACAAGUAUUAUCUCAGGAAAAUGGAUCUGAAAGCAGUAAUAAUGUUUUCCAGUUCUGUGUGCAACCAAGUUCAAUCCCUGGAUCUGUGUUGCAAUUAAUGGGUUCUACUUACUUACUUCGUGCCACUGCAUGGGAGAUAUAUGGAAGUGCUUCUCUUGCUAAAGUCAACGCACUUGUUUAUGCAACUUGCUUUGCUGAUGUUUCAAGUACAUCAGAUGCAUCGUUGGCAUAUGUGAAGCUUAUCCAACAUCUAGCAGUAUUCAAAGGAUAUGAAGAGGCAUUUGCUGCUCUAAAAAUGGCAGAGGAGAAGUUUUUAACUGUGUCAAAGUCUCGAAUCUUGGUACUGAAACUACAACUGCUCCAUGAGCAUGCUUUGCAUCGAGGACAUCUGAAGCUUGCUCAGCAAGUAUGUGAUGAGCUUGGAGUUCUGGCCUCAUCUGUUACUGGCGUGGACAUGGAACUGAAGACAGAAGCAGGUCUUCGCCGUGCUCGUACGUUGCUUGCUGCAAACCAGUUUAGCGAGGCUGCAGAGGUCGCACACUCCCUCUUUUGCAUGUGUUACAAAUUCAAUCUGCAAGUGGAAAAUGCAACUACUCUUCUUUUACUUGCAGAAAUCCACAAGAGAUCAGGAAAUCCUGUUUUAGGUCUCCCUUAUGCAUUGGCAAGCCUCUCAUUCUGCCAAUCAUUUAACUUGGAUCUUCUAAGAGCAUCAGCUGUACUCACGUUGGCUGAAUUGUGGCUUUCACUUGGAUCAAACCAUGCAAAGAGGGCCUUGUCCCUUAUACAUGGGGUCCUUCCAACAAUACUUGGUCAUGGAGGUUUGGAGCUCCGUGCACGCGCCUAUAUUGUAGAAGCAAAAUGCUACCUAUCUGAUCCAAACUUCUCAGUAUCUGAAAAUGCCGAGGUUGUGCUGGAUCCUUUAAGUCAAGCUUCUGAUGAGCUUCAAGUACUAGAGUAUCACGAGUUGGCGGCAGAAGCUUUUUAUUUGAAGGCAAUUGUAUAUGACAAACUGGGGAGAUUAGAGGACAGGGAAGAAGCUGCGACUUCAUUCAAGAAACACACAAUGGCUCUCGAAAAUCCCAAUGACGAUGAAAAUUCCCUUGUCAAUAUGCUGUAAAACAAAUAAUCUCAUAUGUGAACAUUGCAUUUGAAAUUUUAAUGGUGAUAUAAAAGCUGUAUAGGUCAACGCCUUUGGCAAUUUAAUCAUUUUCAUACAUGCAUUGUGUUGAGUGAGAGAUUGGCUUGUUAGUCUCGGCUGAGUCAAAAAUUAAAAAGCCACAGCUCACUCGAGAAAGAAAGACCAACUGGGCUUGAGGCAAAGACUCAAUCGUCAAUUCCACCCCAUGCUAGUGACUAUUAUUCUUAUUCUUAUUGUUAUCAUUAUGAGCUUAUUGAAUUAUUAGAUUUACCAACUUCUCGGGACUUGGAGCGUGCAAUACGUGAUGUUUGGACUCUCA